GCCAAGGAAAGGCAGGCAGAAAUCCCAACUUCUGCAGAAUGCCCAGAACAAACAAACAAUGCAUAACUAAUUAAAGAAGUAACAUUAAAAGCAGCACCACAAGGAUGUUCAUCUUCCCUUACAGUCAACUGAAGAGACAAAGGCAGGUGGAUACUGACCGGACACAAUCGACAAAGCUCUCGUCAUCUUGUGCCACAGAAGAUAAGAUUCAAUCAUGGUUUAGUGAGUCCGACACAGAUGACAGCAGCAUUGAAUCCGUCAGGAGUGUGGUGGAGAGAGUCACAAGUCGCCUUGGUGUCAAAUCACCAAGCAAUGAAGAUAGCGAAGAGGAGAACCCAGAAGAGGAGAACCCAGAAGAGGAGAACCCUUCUGCUGAAGCUUCAAAACAGUCCAACCCAGCUCGACAUGGUAUGAGUAAAUGGAAUGAAGAUCUCUUCAUUGCCGGUGGGAAAGUUGAACCUGGAGUUGCCUUUGGUAGGAGGUCGUCUGUCCCCAGCAAUGAUGCAACAUCUGGGUUCUCUUCAUUACUGCCUCUGAAGCAGAGCUGCCACAGCCUGUCGUUGUCCAUGGUCAGACUCAGAGGCAGGCAAAGGUGUGGUGAGAGGUUGGACUUCCCCAGCAGUAAAGAGGAAAAUGUUGAAGUUGCUGCUGAGGCUAAUAACUCUUUGAAAUGGCAGUCAUGCCCAACUAGGUCUGGUCUACAGGCUGAGCCAAGCUUCUACCCACAGACCUCAAUCGCAAGACCAAGUUCUGAUCCUCAACUAGAAAUAUUUAGAUGUAACCUCAGGAAAGAGCACAUGAGGAACAUGCUGGUCCUCAGCGUGGAAGAGGGGGCAAACCUUCAGCAGAACAGCCCAGACAAUUUUGAAAAGAAUCUAAAGGCCAAGCUAAACUUUGGCAGAUCGAACUUCCUUGGACAAUAUCAAAAACCACGUAUCCACAGACAAGAGUUGCUCUGCCUCGGGUUGCCUAACCUGGAGCAAACUUGCUAUAUGAACUCUACUCUGCAAGGCCUGCUGACUCUGAAACUGUUUGUUCAGGAGGUUCUUAACCAGAAGGAGGUUUGGAGUAGUUGUCCACACUCUAAAAUCAUGAGUGGGUUUGUGAAGGUUGAACUUUGCCGCUCCUCAAAUAACGAGACAGAGAAGACAUGUGUCCUGGCUGCCUUCAAAGAGAUCAUCGCUGAGGUUGACACGGAGUUUGAGGAUGACGAUCAGAAGGACGCUCAUGAGUUCCUCAGUUGUGUGCUGAAUACAAUGGGAUCUCUAACAUGUACACUCCAGACUGCAGCGCACAUCAUGGGCAUCAACUACACCUGUCCUGUAAAUGCUCACAUUGCCUUCCAGAUGUUGAGCACCAGGACCUGCAGAGGAUGUUGUAUGCAGUCAGCUAUAUUGGAGGACUACAUAAACCUCUCCCUGGACCUGGUGCCUGAAGGCUCCACGAGUGACUGUCUGGAGGAGUACCUUAAAGAGAGUAUGCUGGAAUAUAAAUGUAAAUGUGGUGCAGUGGAAUCAACACAGAGGUCUUCCUUCUCAAAUCUACCAAAUGUGCUGAUCCUCCAGUUAAAGAGGUUUGCAUACACUCCGUUUUAUAAAGAGAUUAAGUUGGACUACCCAAUUAUUCUCUCACGGGAGCUGGAGGUGAGUCUUAAUUCCUCCUCUACCCAAACCCAAAAGACCUGUUACUCUCUGGUCAGCAUCAUUAGCCAUUUGGGCAGCACGUCACACUGUGGCCAUUACAUUUGUGAUGGCGCGCGAAGAGAGACGUCGGGUGACUUGUCCGACAGUUGGCUGACGUACAAUGACAGCAAUGUCUGGCAGACGUCGGGAACGUUUGUCUGUCAACAACGGCAGAGAACAGCAUACCUGCUCUUCUACGAGAAAGCGCCUCACCCGCACAGAAGCAAAUAAGUAACUGGAUAUGGCUCCACCAAGGGUGUAGAUUUGGGACAGUACCCUGGAGUUCCCUUGUGAUUGGAGGAGUCCUCUGUUUGUUGCACUCUGCAGUCUCACCAGUAGAUGUCACACAUUCUUACACAUCGCACCUUUAAAAAAAAAAAUAAAAAAGGCCUCAGUGGACCAAAUUGGCAAUUCACUUAAAAUUUGAGAGACAAAAUAAAAUCAAUAAUACAUAUUCUUCCACAGACUAUGGUGACUGUCGUAGGGCAGUGUUGCACUGAAGGAAGAUGAUGAAAGAGACUGCACUGCACAGCUUAUAAAGAGACAUGCCAUAAGAAUAGGGUUUUCAAUAUAAAACGUAAGAAAUCACAAGGCCCCAGUGGUAAUUUUCUUUUUCAAGGAUCUGUGUGCCAGUUCAAAUGAAAUGUUCUUACCUGGUUAAGAUAUAUUGUGGAGAAUGUGAUCUGAUUUCAGUUUUUUAAAAAAGGUUUGAUCAGUCUUUCUGUAACAUCAUACACAUUAUGCCAAUAACAGUUUUUUCUUAAUAUUUAUAUUUGCAGACCUUUUUAAAAUGUACCUUUUUGGACUGCCAUUCCACAUUUGGCAGGCCUGUUCACUGCCUAAAGACUGCAUUUGAGACAGUGUGAGUCUGUUGUUCUGUCAUUGUCAUUGUCUAUGCACAUUUAUCUUUUAUGUUUUUAUGUCUGUCUAUUUAUUUAAUUUCACUAUUGUACUGCACCUGUACAGCAAAUGUUGUUGUUUUUAAAU